GAAGAUGUCGCCAGAGCUCAAAUCAUGCCGAAUCAAGAAAGGAGAAAGUUUGAUUUACAGCUUUCCUUCACAUGACUUUCUACGCAUGCGUACUCAACCGGUAGUAACUCGGAAUGUUCAGUAAUCUGUGAAGCGGCUCGCGCUGCACGCCUCAAAGCAAAACGAGAACCCACUGUCGCGUGCCGUUCCUUGGGGAAACAAGCGCGUCCGUCGCCACGAGCCACUUCCGGAGACCGAGGUGACCGACGAGCAGCCAUGAGCUUCUUCGGGUUCGGCCAGAGUGCGGACAUCGAUAUAGUUCUGAAUGACUCCGAGACGAGAAAGCAGGCAGAGCACAGGACCGAAGACGGAAAGAAGGACAAAUAUUUUGUCUUCUACGACGGGGAGACGGUGUCCGGGAAAGUGAACGUCACGCUCAAGUACCCGGGGAAGAGGCUGGAGCACAACGGCAUCAAAGUUGAGUUUGUCGGCCAGAUAGAGCUGUACUACGACCGAGGGAACCACCAUGAGUUUGUGUCUUUGGUGAAAGACUUGGCUCGGCCAGGAGAGCUUACGCAGUCGCAGACCUUUGACUUUGAGUUCACACAUGUGGAGAAACCUUAUGAGUCGUAUACUGGUCAGAACGUCAAGUUACGUUACUUCCUCAGGGCGACGGUAAGCCGGAGACUGAGCGACAUCAGCAAAGAGCUGGACAUUGUGGUUCACACCCUCAGCACAUACCCUGAUCUGAACUCUUCCAUCAAGAUGGAAGUGGGCAUUGAGGACUGUCUACACAUAGAGUUUGAGUACAAUAAAUCCAAAUAUCACCUAAAAGAUGUGAUUGUAGGGAAGAUUUACUUCCUUCUGGUGAGGAUUAAAAUUCGUCAUAUGGAAAUUGACAUCAUCAAGCGGGAGACGACCGGCACAGGACCCAGUGUAUACCAUGAGAACGACACCAUAGCAAAGUAUGAGAUUAUGGACGGAGCUCCAGUCAGAGGAGAAUCCAUCCCCAUCCGCCUGUUUCUGGCAGGCUAUGAGAUGACGCCCACCAUGAGAGACGUCAACAAGAAGUUCUCAGUGAGAUACUACCUCAACUUGGUUCUCAUAGACGAGGAGGAAAGACGCUAUUUCAAGCAGCAGGAAAUCGUUUUGUGGCGUAAAGGUGACAUAGUGAGGAAGAGCAUGUCUCAUCAGGCCAUCAUCGCUGCGCAGCGUUUCGAGGGCUCCUCCAACCCAGAGAGGUCUCACAGUCAGAGCAACGAAGAAGGCAACAGCUAAAUGCCAGCCAGCACCUCCGCUGCCUGCUGUGUCUGAGAGAGCACAGCCCAGAUGUGUCAGUCCACAUGUGGAGUGAGGGAGGGACUUAGUCUUCAAAUUGCAAUUUGUGUGUGAAGGGACCAAACAGUCCCAUGGUGGACUGUAGGUGUUUAUUCAGGUUUAUCCAUGUUGAAGCACCUAUUACACGGAGCAGGCCACACUCAGGCUAAUGAGAUGCUUCCAGCAAGUUUCUGACUUUCACAAUUACACAAAAUCCAUCUGUAAGUGAUUCAUUUCAUUUUGUGGCAUUUAUUACACCAAUCAGUGAGGAUAAAUCUUCCAGAGGUGCGCUUCAGUCUGUCAGUCAAACAUUGUAUUUCUUGAAUGUUUGUGACUAAAAUGUUUCACUGUGAGGGAACUAGUCAUCCGGUAGCUUUCUAAAGCUUAUCACACGUUUCAGUAUGACACUUUAUAGAGACAUGACCAUGUGAUAGGAGCUCAUUUCUUAUUUUGCUGCUUCCUUCUUAGCCUGCCCCUAGAAUCCCAAACACGUACCAAGCCUCACAAAUAUUCUCAUUAAGGAGACAAAAUAUUGUAAGAAUAUACCUUUGAAAGAUCUUUGUACACUUUCCACUGCUGUUGUCAUCAAUAGGCAGGAUUAAAAAGUAUUUUUAAAUCAGAACUCAUUUUUUAGCCAGCAUUUUACAUGUACUGUGCAUCCAUUGUUGGCUGGUAUCAGCUGUUCUCAUGGGUUCUCCUACAGCAGAUGGAUCUGCUCUGUGUUUCUGUCCUCUGUGCUGGCUGGGGUCACCGAUGUUCAGAGCCCAGCUUUGGUGUUUUGCACUAUGACAUCCUUCUGUUGAGUUAUUUUUCUGCUCUCUGCUCUGUUUAUUACUGGUGCAAUGGCAGGAUUUAUAAAUCAAAUGAUGGCCUUUAGUUCUAACGAGAGAUGUUUGAAGGCCAGUGCUGAUUACUGGCUUCCUCUGAGGUCUGACCCGCUCACUUCCUCACCACUGAUAGAAAACAGAAAAAUCUACUGCAGUUUCUAAUAGAGGUAAUAGAAAUUAACUUAAAGUGAAGGAAUUACCAGGUUAUCCCAAUUAUGCUUCAAUAUGUACCUUAUGUUACUAACCUUUAUGCCAUUUAUAUUAAACUAAAAGUACGAAGCACUGUUGGUGCGGUUGUUUAUUGGUCAGAUGGUGAGUUCUCAGGUUUGAUCUGCCGAUCAAAGGCAAAUGGCGUGAUUGUGAUCUCAGGCCAGUUGAUUGGUGCAUCUCUGAUGAAUAACAUCCGGUCUUAUCACUGACAGAAGACAUGUUCCUGCUGUCAUAUCAGCAGACUGACAGCCCAGAACAGAAACCAGGCGUUUGGCCACUUUACUGCAGCUAGAGGUUUAUCUGCUGGAACUGAGCAGAUGUAGAUGAGGAGGAACCAAACAGCAUCAGUGUUACUCUGGACUUCUGUUUCUUCCACCCUGUGACUGUGGAGGCUUUAUGGGUCUGUCCCAGUCUUCAUGUUCACUCUACCUGAUCCGUAGAAAGCUAGGUGCCAGUUCAACGGUGGAACCUAAAAGUAUGACUUUUACUGUAAAAGAGACUGCUGGCAUAGUGUGCCGUGAUUUUGGACUGACCUCUGACCAAAAUCAGAGCGCUGUUAUACGUUUGUGGUAAAUCCAGAGUAGUGCCAAAUCCUCCAGAGCGGUCCCCAAGUCCUCCUGCACCUUUCUUGAAUUUGCUAAGCUGCUUUGGGUCAUGGUCUUAAAUGUAAAAUAGGGAAAACUCUGUUAUUGAACAUUUUGAUUCAAUAAAAAUUCCAAGAAGU